CGCCAGGUCCCCAGCGCGCUUUCAUAAGGCAGCACCUGGCCGGAGUCACUUGGCGUCUCUGCUUGCGAGGACGCGCCCCGACGGCACCCAGAGCCGCUAGUGGACGCCGCUUCCUCCCUACCUCCCCCUGCUCGCCCUUGCCCGGAGCCCCGCGUCCCUGCCCACGCCGGAGGGAAGAGGGUGUUCUGGGCCAGGGGCAGCCCGGCUGAGGCAGGAUGUUCAUGUCCAAGUCCAACUCUGUGUCACCCUCGCCGUCCCUGGAGCAAGCCGACGCGGACGCGCUGGACAUCAGCACCAAAGUGCAGCUCUACGGGGUGCUGUGGAAGCGGCCCUUCGGGAGGCCGUCGGCCAAGUGGUCCCGGCGGUUUUUCAUCAUCAAAGAGAGUUUUCUGCUUUACUACUCUGAGAGUGAAAAAAAGAGCUUUGAAACCAAUAAAUACUUCAACAUCCAUCCCAAGGGUGUCAUCCCUCUUGGGGGCUGCCUGGUGGAGGCCAAGGAAGAGCCCAGCAUGCCCUACGCCAUGAAGAUCUCCCACCAGGACUUCCACGGGAACAUCUUGCUGGCUGCUGAGUCUGAGUUUGAGCAGAUCCAGUGGCUGGAGAUGCUGCAGGAGUCUGGGAAGGUGACCUGGAAGAAUGCCCAGCUGGGGGAAGCCAUGAUCAAAAGCCUGGAGGCCCAGGGGCUGCAGUUGGCUAAGGAAAAGCAGGAGUAUUUAGACAAACUGAUGGAAGAGACGGAAGAGCUGUGCCUUCAGAGGGAGCAGAGAGAGGAGCUUGAGCGCCUUAACCAAGUGCUGGAGGCUGAGAAACAGCAGUUUGAGGAGGUAGUGCAGGAGCUGAGAAUGGAACAGGAACAGAUCAAGAGGGAGCUGGAACUGACGGCAAGAUGCCUGAAGGGUGUGGAACAAGAGAAAAAGGAGCUGAGGCACUUCACGGAGUCCUUGCAGCAGACGCUGGAGGAACUCUCCAUAGAGAAGAAGAAGACCCUGGAAAUGCUGGAAGAGAAUGAGAACCAGCUGCGGACACCAGCCAGUCAGAGUGCGCAGCCCCCACCCGGUGGGGGCCUCCACAGCAACCUGAGGCAGAUUGAGGAGAAGAUGCAGCAGCUCUGGGAGGAGAAGCUCCUGGCCGAGAAGCGGAUGAAGGAGAAUGAGGAGCGCUCAAGGGCCCUGGAGGAGGAGCGUGAGUUCUACUCCAGCCAGUCCCAGGCACUGCAGAGCUCGCUGCAGGAGCUGACUGCGGAGAAGCAGCAGGCUGAGCGGGAGCUCAAGGCUGAGGUCAAGAUCCGCAUGGACCUGGAGAGACGCCUGCGGGAGGCAGAGGGGGCCUUGCGGAGCCUGGAACAAGGGCUCAACUCCAAGGUGCGGAAUAAGGAGAAGGAGGAGAGGAUGCGGGCUGAUGUGAGCCAUCUGAAAAGGUUCUUUGAGGAGUGUAUCCGCAAUGCCGAGCUGGAGGCCAAGAUGCCGGUCAUCAUGAAGAACUCUGUGUACAUCCACAAAGCUGCCACUCGCCGCAUCAAGAGCUGCCGCUUCCACCGGCGCAGGUCCAGCACCUCCUGGAAUGACAUGAAGCCGUCCCAGUCCUUCAUGACCUCGCAGCUGGAAGCCAACAACAUGGAGGAGCUGAAAGAGGUGGCCAAACGGCUCAGCAGGGACCAGCGCUUCAGGGAAUCUGUCUACCACAUCAUGGCUGCCCAGCCCGGGGCCCCCUCAGCGCUUUCCCGGGGUGCAAAGUGAUGGGCAUUUUCUCCCUGCCUCCCCAUCUUUCCUCUGGGCCUAGGGCUGAGGGUUGGGAAGGGGCAGCAGAGGGAAACCCGACUCUGCCUGGCUCCUCUCCUCUGGUAGGCCCCUGGGGAUCAGCCUCACCCCUAAAGGGCAGGGACACACUCCCUCCACCCACCCCCACCCUACCCUGGGGUCUACAUUGGGUCCAUGCAGGCCUGAGCUGGGUGCCUCCUGAUUGUCUUGCGAGGUGAGAACAGAGCUAGCUAUUAACAGAGACUGCAGCCCCUCCUGGGGCCCACCACAUUCUUCUGUGACUCUGACUCUCUUGCCCUGCCCUGGUUGUGUAUAAAGGCCUUACCUUCCUACCCUGGCGCUCCUUUUCCCCCAGGUUUCCUGACCCUCUCUGCUUCUGGCAUUCAGUGAGACAUCCUCAGCUGAGGCCCCUCAUUUAUACCACAUAGUGGGGUGGGGAAGAAAGGGGUCCAGGGCAACAGCCUCUGGGCUCACCGCACACAUACACUUGCCACAGAACAGCCAAGAGAGCACAGAUGUCUCCCUCCCAGCUUCUGUGGCCUUGCUGCCUCCUCUUCCAGGGAGGCUUUGCCCAGUGAGACAAUGUGACUUUGCACUCUUCAGAUGGGCUGUGAUGAAACUAGAAGCCAGUGAUCAGCUCAGAGUCCUUAGGGAUGGAGCUGACACACCAAUCUGGAACUUUCACGGAAGACCACUACCCUCUGGGGGGCUGAGAGCUAUAGAUCAUGUCCCUCACCCAUAUCUGCCCUGCCCUUCUCCUUGCAGACCCACCCUCCACAGCUGCCUCUCUGUUGGCCUUUCAUCCAAAAAAGAGGGUCUACCUGGGAUCAGGGUGCUCUAGGACACUGGUGUUAUAAUAGGUGCCAAUUCUCUACUGCUCGGAAAGCCAAGAUGUUCUGAGAGACAGACAGAUGGCUGUAGGACAAAUCCCAGCAGCAGAGGCAGGCCCCGGGAAGCCUGCAUCCCAUCCUAUGGGAAGAGGAACAUCGCCACCUCUGAGGCUGUGCACAUCUGCUGCUAGGCUGGCCAAGUCCAGCUGGCUGACCUGCUCUGUACUCAGGGCCACCUGGUAAAAAUCACCUACAUGGUGCUCUCCAGGGGCAGGUGGACUCUGAAGGCUUCAUCCAGUCUUUGCAGAACUUAGCUGGGUCAGGGGUAGGUACCUCAGAAACAAUGCAUUUGAAAGGGCUGAGUAUAAACAUAAAAGUUUAAACAUACAUAAAUCUGCAUAAACCCAGAACUCGUUUAUCUACUAUGUAUGAAGGGGAAGAUUUAUAAAACCCAGAUUACUAUUUUUGUUUGUUUUUAAAGAAUUAAAUUAAUAGUGACUUGCUGUUGGAGAAAGGUCUUUUAAAAACUUAUUAAAGCAUUUGUUUUUCCUGGGCAAGUCAUUAACCAGAAAGAAAGUACUAGUCUUAGUCCAUUUUGUGCUGCUGUAACAGAAAACCUGAGAUGGGGUAAAUCUAUAAAGAACAGAAACUUACUGGUUCACAGUUUUGGAUGCUGGGAAGUCUCAACAUCAAGGACCUUCUUGCUGUGUCAUCCCAGAGCCAAACAGCAAAGAGGGGGCAAGAGAGAGGGGGCCAAACUGAUCCAUUCAUAACAAAACUACUCCCUCAAAAAUUAAUCUGCUCAUGAGGGCAGAGCCCUCCCGGCCUAGUCAUCACCUCUUAAUUCCAAUACAAUGGCCAUUAAAUUUCCACAUGAACUUGGGAGGGGACAAACGUUCAAACCAGGGCAGCACUUUCCUGUGUACAUUCACCAAACUCUAGUUUGCUUCUGUUCUCACCCUAUGCUUUCCAUGCCUCAGGCAAGCUGGGGUUACCUUCAACCAAAUGAGCAAUCCAUAACUGUGUAUUUGUUAAAUGCUCCCUCACUGUACCUAGCACUGUAAAUAGGAAAAAAGCGACACCUCUAUAUGAAAGGAUAUAGGGGUGGAAAUUGCUUAGUGGAAAUAUAUUGAUCUGAUUUGUUUUUUAAUUUUUAAAAACAAAACUCUUAUUCCUUGGCCAAAUAAAUGCAGAACCUCCU